UCAACAGUGGAUUUCAAGAAAUCUCGGCACAUCCAGCUGGAAGACGGAGCAUCUAGGCGAGAAGGCUGGGAUUUCUGCGUGGGUCAUCCACAACGAGUCUGGAACUGCCUGGGAGAAAAAAGGGGGUCAAAUCAGCCCCUCUCGGGGACAAAAUCCACACAUCUCUUCCUCCCCCCCGCCUUCUCCAGUUGCACAAACGAACGACGACGAUUUCGGACCCUCGGAGGAGGGCGAAAUCCGCAAAUUGGUGUGUGUGUGUGCGUGCUUUUAGUGCGGGAACAACGUGCUGGAUGAUUACCCCGAGGGAUUCUAAUCUUCAACCGCCCGGAUUCUGCUACUGUGCGCUCGGAAUUGACUGUACUCCUCAUCGACACACCAGGGACAAUUGACCAUUAACCCAGCAACUUGAACGCCUUUGGGAUGUGGGAGAAACCGUGGAGCAGUUAGCGUGAUGCUAUUGGAGCUCGGGGCGUCGGAGUUUGGACUUCAGUUCUGCCAUCCUCUGUAACGAGUUUGUACGUUCUUCCCGUGAGCGUGUGGCUUUCAACCGCAGCCACUAAAAACAGACUGAACAACUACAUGUCUACAGGUCUGGAUUAGGAAACCGGGAACGAUGGUCAUCGUUGAGCACAUUGAAGAAACCCGCGUUGUUCGGCUGCCUGACGACGAGGAUGAGGACAAAGAAGAGAGGGUUCUGGCGAUGCUGGGUAUCAGUGGGACCGUCCUCAACCUGCUGGUCAUUAUAUUUGUCUACAUUUACACCACCCUGUAGUGUGCAGGGGUGGUCAGCUGGAGAGAGGCUGGGCCGCCCCCUUCCCACCUCCACAAAGACCGACACUCUGGCAGGGAACUUUGAGGGGCACCCGUGCCCGUGUCGGGAUCCCUGACGCCAGGUUGACCAGAGUGAGGCAGGCAGCCUGGGACUCGGGAGGCUCCCCCACCGGGAGAUGGGACUGUUCCUCUCCGAGAUGAUGACUGGAGGCUGUGUCAGGGGUCCCGCCCGCCCUGUGCCGGUGGAUGAGGAAACCCCCAGGACGAAAGCACAAUGCGGCGGACCCUCCGGUAAGGGUCAUGGGCCAAGCCAGCAG